AUGUGGCGGCCAACGCGGGGCUUCUGGUGGCGGGAAGGUGUCGCCUGGCGGGUCCUGCUGCUGCUGCUGUGGGCGCUGGAGGAGAAACCCCUCGGUGUGCGCUGCUCGGUGGCCCGAUGUACUCCGGGAGACUCCGCCUGCCGCUUUUUGUCUGUGUCGGAUCUCUUCGACCGGGUAAUCCGGCACUCCAACAGGAUCUACAGACUCUCCACUGCCCUCUACUUAGAUGAAAAAUAUUUCCUUCCUGGUAGGAAUGAGCUGGCUAAAUCUGUAGGCAAAUGUCACACCUCUUGGCUGUUGACUCCCAAUGCCAAAGAAUAUGCUCAGAAAAUACCAAGAGAAGAGCUGACACAUCUGAUUCUAAGGCUCUUGCAAGCCUGGAAAGAGCCACUGUCCCACCUCGACCAGACAAUUGUUCAUCUUCACAAAUUACCCGAUGAGAGCCUGAACAAAGCAAAGGAAAUCAGCAACAUGGUGCAUGAGCUGGAGACUGGAGUGGAAAAAGUCACAGAGAAGAUGCAGUCAAUGGGGAUCAUCAGCAAUUUGCUGAAUGGCGUAGGAUCAUCAGAAGCAGCUGGUUUAUCCAUUAAUCAUGGAGAAAAUUUAAUGAGCAACUAUGAAUUUGUUCAUUGCUUCAGGAGAGACUCCAAUAAAGUACAAAACUAUUUAAAAGUUCUAAAAUGUAGGAUUGUGCCAGGAAUUAGCUGUUGA